UGUGCGAAGUACUGAGAUCGACGUUAUUCAAACGCUUGAAUGGCUUGAUGCCAACGUCUUCCGGCAGCGCCAGCAUUGAUCCCACCUGCAAUCACUGACCUCAGACAGAUUCACCGGGUGCAGUAAACUUAAUGAUUGGACCGUCGAUCAACGCGUCACCAACUCUAUCACAGAAAGCACGAAGACAAAGCUCACGCGAAUGCGCUUCCUCUACCAGCACCAUAUAUGGGACGAAGGAUCAACGCUAGUAUGUCAUUGGUAAGAAUCAAGCAUCCUGGUCUAGGAAGACGUUCUAGCCUCCACCUCAUUGCCGGCUUGUGGGAGACUCCGCCAUCGAGCCUGGCCUCAUUACCAGAGUAAAAGCGCUAGUUUGCUCGAGGUAACGAUGUCCUAAUUCGCGGUUGGUACACACCACCCUCUUCCAGAGACGCUUAGUCCGGAAUUGUGAUGCCGCUUCAUUCCGUUCUCGACCAGCUGCGCAUCAGCGGACUCGCCAGGAUGCCAUGCAUGAGUAAAGCUAUGAAAGUCUUAUGGUCGGCGGGAAGAGGUCUCGUCCUGAUGGGCCCUCUGAGGUUCCGUCAGGUUGUGGCAAUUGUCCCUGAUGUCCAUGCGGUGGGUCAGCCCCAAAUGUCCGGUGACUAUGAACGCCUUUCGCGGUAUAUGCGUCAUUAGAAGCAUGCUUAGUCGUCCAAAGUCGCGCCGUAGCCGUAUGAUGCAAGUCGACGGCUCAACAUAACUCCGCCGUAUCCGAGGAAACUGCUAUAACCCAUACACCGUCUGAGAAGUUCCCCCUACUCGUUCUGCCUGGAGGGCUUGAGCGAUCGGUGGUGCUGGAUCUUUCUCGUGCCAUGUAUUCACCACAAGAUUACGAUUGCAAUCGACGGGAGGGAUAGAGAAUAGUAGCAAUUUCCUCAGUAUCAUCCUGUUUUCGGGCGAUGCGACGUAGUUGA